GAGAGAUCGACCCGUCGCGUUUUCCGACGAACGAGCGUGAAAGGAAAACGAAGCCAGCAGCGGUGUCGCGUCGUCGUGGCCGAGGUGCGCGCGAGUUCCCGAGUCUCCCGACAAUGAAUCCUCGCGCAGCAUCGGGCAAGCGCUAACCGGGUCGUCGGCAUUGCCGUUCGGUGCCGCCGACGACGGUGGUGGCGGCGGCAGCGCUCGUUCGCUCGCUCGCUUACUCGCGCGCGCACUCGCUCGCUCGCCAGCGCGUAAAUCGCCUUGACGGGAGGAGGCGCCGCCGCGGAGGAGUACUCGAGGUGGCGCGUGUCCGGGUAGCGCAGUCUACCGUUGACCGUUAACCCUUUCGCACACACGUAUACACACAUACACACGGAGGGUGGUACGUGCGGCCAGGCGCUUUGCGACGUCGGUCUCUCGUCGUUCGGUCGAUCGUGUCUCGCCUUUGCCUGUGAUUGCCUCUCUCUCUCUUUCUCUCUCCCCUUCUGGACGAGCGGAAGGAAGGAAGGAAGGAAGAUCCGGAUCGUCGAGGGACUUUCGCGUCUCGAGGGAGAUCCCAUCCCCCAUCGCCGCGGAGUCUAGGGCGAGUUCUCAGGUUCCUUCCCUUCUUCCUCCUUCCCCCCCGCGAUGAACGGAAACGCGAGGAACGCCGAGCGGCCGCACGUCGUCGACGACGUCGACGCCACCUCCCUCGGCGCCGACAUUCUCAACCCCUUUGUGCAUCGGCUCGAGCUCGGCUCGACCUACGAGAAGCUCAAGACGGUAUUCCUAACAAUCGCCCUCCUGCCGUUCAGGCUAGCUGCAAUCACGACUUUGAUGAUUCUGGCGUGGCUACUGGCCUGCCUCGGUCUGCACGGAUUGUCCGAGGAGGAUCUUCGGCGAGCACCACUCACAGGAUGGAGGCGAGACAUGCGCGUCGUGAUCUGCUGGAUGAUGCGGGCGUUAUUUAUCUGCGGUGGAUUUCAUCACCUGAAGGUCAAGGGCCGGAAGGCGGAAACUAAGGACGCACCGGUGCUGGCACUCGCCCCGCAUUCCAGUUUCUUCGACGCACUUCCGGUCGUGUACCUUGGCGGGCCUAGCAUCGUUGCCAAAGGGGAGAGUAGCCGUCUCCCUUUCUUCGGAAAACUCAUCAACUAUACACAGCCAGUCUACGUGUGGAGGGAAGAUCCAAAUUCCCGUCAGAAUACUAUCAAGGAGAUCAUUGAGAGAACUACUUCCAAGGAAGAUUGGCCGCAGGUUAUGAUAUUUCCUGAAGGUACCUGUACUAACCGGUCAUGCUUGAUUACGUUUAAAUCGGGCGCCUUUUAUCCCGGUGUGCCGGUACAACCAGUAUGCAUCAGGUAUCCGAACAAAUUAGACACGGUAACGUGGACAUGGGAAGGCCCUGGCGCAUUAAAAUUACUAUGGUUGACGUUAACGCAGUUAAACAGCAGCUGCGAGAUCGAGUUUCUUCCUGUCUAUAAUCCGAGUGAGGCGGAGAAACUGGACCCGAAACUGUAUGCAAACAAUGUACGACGUCUUAUGGCAGAAGCGUUGAAAAUUCCCGUUUCGGAUUACACAUACGAUGAUUGCCGAAUCAUUAGAAAGGCCCAUCAGCUACAUCUUCCAUAUGCUUCCAAUAUUGUAAAAAGCCAUAAACUUCGGUACAAAUUAGGUUUAGUGGCAUCAAAAACUGAAGAGGAACUCGUCCAGAAGAAAACGAGCAACUUUGGUGAGGUAAACCUGCAAGAGUUUGCACAAAUUCUUAGACUGGACGAUAAAGAUCCAACUACGCAACAAUUGUUUCGCAUUCAUGACAAGAUUAUGUAUAUUAUUCUGCAGUACGGACAAGGUAAAAUCGAUCUUGAAGAAUAUAUUUUCACCGUGCUAGCGACGGCAAACGCGUCUUCGGAGCUAGACAAGGUCGAAAUCGCAUUUGACAUAUGCGGCUCGAAAACGGCAAUGUGUUUGACCGAAUCGGAACUCAGGAAAGCCUUGAGGUUAUCGAUACGUAUGCAGCCGGAGGAAUCCGAUAGGAUCUUUCAGCACGCCAGAAUUGAUGAGAACGCUUGUACAGUGAGCUUCGACGACGUUCUGACGCAACUAUCGAACCGAACAGAGUACGCGCAUUUAUUCGCUACGAAUAACGAAAGCUCAAAGAAGGCCAUUUGAAAGUGUCUUUUAGAGCCCGAUGUUUCUUCUAGAGAACAUCGAAGGCCUUUCUUUAGCCCUAUCUGCUCCACUCCUGUAUGAAAAACGUAUUCAAGGUGCUUCGAGGAUUUUAAAGCUAAACUAUUUUGUCAUUUACAAAAGCUGCAGUUGCAUGCAAGCGGCAAUUUAGACAGCUAGCCCAAGUCUUUCCUGUAAUUCCAUAAAUUAGAUAAAAUCAAUUUAGCGACUUAGAAUUUUAAGAAUCUGAAAUUCUAAGGUUCGAGGAUUCUAAAUAAUUCUAGAUUUGAUAAUCUAUAAAUAAUUUAGCUAUGAAGAUCCUAGAGUCCGCGAAUAUAAAAACCCAUAGAUACAUGACGUAUCCUAGAUCCGGAGAAUUUAAAGACUCGGUUGAAUCUUCAAAGAUUCCACGACUUGACCUUUGGUCAAAAAUACUGAGAUUUGAAGAUUGAGCGAUUGUAAAGAAUUUGGAAAGCCUAAGGAUCUGAAGAAGUAACCAUUUUAGUAACCGUAACUGUACAAACUGUACAUUUGAGAAUAAGUUAGAACAUGGAAAUUCGAAGAUCCUAUGAGGUUUACUUCCAAUUUAAGAUCUACAAGUGUUAGAAACCGAAAAAAAAACCGAUUCUUGCACUUUUUGAUGUACAGUACACACAUUAUAUAGUAUACAGUUAAGCGAUCAUUAAGCUUUUUGCUAGUUUGAAAAGAUCCAAAUAUCCAUGUCGACGUAAGGCUUGGAUGUGCAUUUAGAGGAAAAAGAUGACAGGUAAAGACAUAAUUUAUUUUUCAACCCGAUGGUCCGACACCACGAUAUUCGAUGCACAUGUACAGACAUGCGAUCAUGCACGAGAAUAUACAUACGCGCUAAAUUGUGUACAUAUUGCACACCAUGGACUGGCAUGCAUGUAAACACAUACACACACACACAUAUGCGUUACGAGUAGACGAGACGGUUGUGCAAAUCGAUCGUGUAUACCAUUUGGGUAUGCGCGCGCAGAUGCAUUCAUGUGUGUACGUGUGUACGUACGUAUGUAUAUAGAAAGAAAAUGUGUGUAUGUGUAUAUAGUCAGAAAGAUUGUCCACUUUGUAAUAUCUAUAUGAACGAAAUGGCCAAAGUUGAACAGCGCGCAAUUGUUAGCAGUUCUGAGUUAAAAACAGAUAUGUUGAGUUAUAGAACAUUCUACUGCAACACGUUGAAAUAACAGUAUUUAUUGAACCGAAA